UAAAUUGUUGCAAAUUUUACAUAUUCUCAUUCUCAUAUUACAAAACUAACUUGUGAAAAUAAAAUGUGUAAGCCUAAUAUUAUCGAAAUUGAUAUAGUAUCAAAAACAUUUUCGUGAGCCCAAUGAAUACAAAUUCUUGUAAUGAUUUGGCGGCGUAAAGUUAAAGUUGUACGUUUUGUCGUCUAUUGUUAAGACGUAAACUCUAAAAUGCUAUUCUUAUAAAUUUAACUUUUGUUAAUAAAAACGAAUAGAGAUGUUUGUGUUCUAUCGGUAAUAUAUAAUCGUUGUUCACAAUGCCGUAGUGGAAACCAGCAAUCAUUUUAUUUUUUUGUAAUCAGUGUUAACUUUUUAACUACACUAUUUUUAUCACACCUUUAGAAUGAAUUAGUCAGAAAUAUGUUUGUGUCACAAGACAAGAAUGUUAAGAAAAAAUUUCAAAAGCCAAAUAUUCUACGGAGAAAGACAAAGCCCUUGUCGCGGCCGCAAGCAACUUCAGAAAGUUUUGAAUCUCCAGAUGGUAAAUCUCUAGUCAGCCCCUCUUCAGUAGACAAAUCAUUUAAUUCACACGAAGGUCAGAAUAGAGUAGCAAAACAAAUAGUAAUUAAACAUAGGGAGAAGCCAAAUCAACUAAUUAACAAGUCAACACAGAAAUUGAUCUCAGCUUCGUUAAUUUCGGAGGACAAAUCCUCGAAUGCAGUGGUAAAAAAAGAAAACGCCAAUGACAUUACAUUUACUAUCAUAACAACACAGGAGAAUAAUAAUGAAGGCAAUUUAGUCCAGACUGGUGUCAAUGUGGAUUCAUUCUUAGUAGGAGGAGCAACAAAACAGAAUGGCAUUAGAUUUGGGAAUACUGAAUUACAAAUUGAAUCAGUUGAUAAGUAUGAUAAUACUAAAUGGUGUUUGGAUCUUGUACAAAAUUCACCAACGGAAAUAAAAGAACAUUAUGAUGGAUCUCAAAAGAACAACUUAUUUAUAGAACAAAAAUUAGAUGUAACACCUACAAUGGUACCUUUGUCUGUAGUUUCUUCUGUCCAGAGAAAUAAUAUAAUAACUCUUCAAGGUGAAGUGGUACCAAUCAUGACUAAUGUACUUAAUAGUACAUUUGAUCUCAAUAAAACUAAAGCCAAGUUUAAGUGUGAAGUUGCUGAUUGUGAUAAGGAAUUCUCGAAUAAGCAAAAGUUGAAAAAGCACCAAAAUAGUCAUAAAAUUGGCAGUACAAGGCCACCGAGACAGACCAAUGUUGAAUGUCCAAUCAAGAUUAUCCGAUCAGGUGUGGAGGAGCCUUGUGGACAAAUGUUCACAUCCAGAGAAGAUGUGUUAAAACAUCUUAACGAGAACCACACAUUGGAACAAGCAAACUAUAUCUGUUCGGAGUGCGGGCGGCGUUUCUUCUGGGCGUGCGCGCUGCGGGCGCACCGGCAGGCGCACGGGCGCGCGCGGCGCGGCGCGCUGGUAUGCGCGUGGCCCGGCUGCGGCCGCGUCUUCCGCCAGCCCUGCCGUCUGCGCGAGCACACGCGCGCGCACACCGGCGACAAACCGUACCCCUGCAAAUUUCCGAAUUGCGGAUGGUCGUUCCGCACGGCGAGCAAAUUGGUGCGGCACGCGCGUCGGCACACGGGCGAGCGGCGGCAUGCGUGCUCGGCGUGCGGGCGCGCCUUCCUGCGCCGCGAGCACCUGCGCGAGCACCACGCCCGUCACCAGCCGCCCCUCGCACGACACCCGCACGCCUGCACGCACCACGGAUGCCAACAAAGUUUCAACAACAUGAGCUCCCUGUACACGCACAUGAAGAAAGUUCAUAAAAAGGAAGAAACUAACUCUUCAAAUACUACCGCAGAAUCCGUGCUCCUAGAAAUGCCACCUGAGAACAUCUUUACAGUAAAUAUGUUAAAGAAUGAACCAGUAUACGAAAGUGUUACAAAUAUAGAAGUUAGUGGGGAUCUUAAUUUUGAAGAAGUAACAGGCUCGGAGGAGGGGUUAACAAAGAUGGAAGUUGUAACGGAGGGUAUGGAGAGUGCGGGGGAGGAGAUCCUGGGGGAGGAGAGCUUGGUGGCUGGAGAAGGGGAAGGGGAGGGUCAGUCUGCGCGCACGCACUGCACAUGGCCGCUGCAGCCGCGCCCUCCUUGCGGCUACCACUGUGAGGAUGCUUAUGUCCUGGACGAAGAUGUACAGGUGGAGCAUUCGGAGAGCGCGGAGAGUAACAUCUACACAAUACGCAGUGACUUGUUCCUGCACGGCAACGCACUCACCAACGAGGAUAGCCAGGGAGGAAUGGGCGUAGGCGUGGGUGUGGGCGUGGGCGAGGGCGUGGGCGCUGGGGGCGGCGGCGCGCUGGGCGACGACCUCGGCCUGCUGGACUCUCACCCCACCAUUGAUCUCAUGCAGGAAGAGUUGCUGUACACAGACGCCGUGGACGAGUCAUCUUUCCGAGUGUUUUUACUCAGCGAGGAGCUUACAUAAUAACCAACCUUACGACAAAUGCUCAAAGCGAAUUGUUAUUUUUUUAUUGUUAUCUCUUAAUUCUAAGUAAUAAUAAGUUCUUGAUAAAUAUAUUUAACACAAAAUGUAUACAUUAAGUGUUCUACAAUGAUCGAUGCGUGAAUGUAAGCUAAUAUCAAAAAUUUAUAGAAACGCUUAGAGAAAUUGUAUUUUCUCCCAAAACAAAAAAUUCUAUUGAUAAUCACUAUACUAUUUUUUUGUAGAAAUGUUAAAUUCAAUGUAUAAAUAUCCAAAGACGUAGUAACACCAUUUUUUAAUGGUUACAUUAUUAUGUGGUUUCCAUGUUUAGUCGUUCGUAACUACGAUAUAAUAUUGUAGGGAAGAGUUUAGCACAAAUUUACAAGGUACAUGACUUGUGCAUAAAUAAAAUUUAUCAAACUUCGAACUUUUGGUGCAAUACCUAAAUUUUUAGAUUUUCUUGAUGUUUUAGGAACUCAUUUUUAGGUCUUCGGAAACGUAAAUUAUAAAAUUGUUAAAGUUUUUCAUUUAGAAAAUUAAGUUGUAUACUAAAUUGUCUUCCAACGUCAAACUAAAUUUCUAAAGUGUUUAGCAAAAUUAUUAUUUUUUUUUGUCUAUUUAUUCAUUUAUUUUGACAUUAGUAAUCUAUCAUGUGUUCUUGUCAUAUUAUAAAAGGCUUUGGAAUCGUUGGAUAUAGUUCCACAAGGGUCCUACGGCAGUCGGAAUUUAUGUGAACUGUCAUCUUGACAGCGUUUCGACCAAUGAGGGAGCGGCAGCUGCACGGUUUAAUGUUGCCAUGUUCAUCGUUUUAAAGUGCCAAAUAAGUGUAACUUGAAAUGAAACACGUACGUUUAUUUGCCAUGUGACUAUUAUUAUGGCAGAUCGAAAUAUACCUUUUUUUUUUGAAUAAUUCAAAAGCUGUAAAUCAUCAAUUUUGUGGAUGUCUCAAUUUAAAUAAGUAUACUACGGGAAUAAGUCACAAUUGCUCACAAUUGUCCAAUUUCUGAAGAAGUAAGGAAAGUUUUGCUUACUGGUAACAUUUAAAACUUGUAGGCGCCCCUCUGUCAUGUUAAAAACUGCCAUAAGAUCCAUAUCGGACUAUAUUUUUUUGACUUUGGAUUGUAUUAUUUAUUAUAAGUCUGAAAUGUGUAAUAGAAUUUGUAUUCGUGCUUUUCUGUAUACAGUUAGUUGUUGUACUGCGUGUCCAGUUUAUAAUGUUUGUGAUAAUAAUGUAACGGUCGCUUGACGGUACACUAUAAAAUAACGGAAUUACUCUAUCCUAUUUUCUUAAGUAACCUUAUAGUUAAGAUAAAUUGUAAUGAAACAAAGAAAACUUUUUAGUAAAUAUGAACAUAAACUUUGUUCUAAACUAAAAUAUUAUUGGAUAAACUGAUCUCUAAAUACUUUCAUAUUUUGUCAAAUUUAUUGGUACUGUUUGAAUGUUUGUGAUACCGUCUUAUGUAUAGUAUGAAAUGUAUGGAGUAUGUAUGGAGUAGAUUUUAGUUUAGCAUAAAUAGUUUCUGUGUGUUUUUAUAUAAAAUAGUCAUCACAAAUAUUUUAGUAUUCGAUGUUAGCCGCGGGAAUAUUGAACGCAUUUCACAAAGAGUAAAUGAGAGAGAUGUAUACUCAAGAAACGCGUAAGACAGAGAAAGAACGUGUCAGCUGUCAACACUAUAUUGAGACUUUGACAUUAUCGAAAGUGGUUGCUUCGUUAAAUACUUAGUACUUGAGUUUAUUGAAAAGUCUAGACUAUUGAGUAACUUUUUGUUUGUUUGUCAGGGAUUAUAUGUCAAUAAUUAUAAUAUCUUUAAAAGAUAAAACGUGUACUUAAGUACGCACAUUAGAUGAUUCAAUGUUUAAUUCAAUUAAUGUGAACUAGUUCUUGUUUUUUGUAUAACUCUAGAUUAUGUAUUAGUAUAGUGAAUGUGACAUUUUGUAGUUGAUUGCUUAGUUUAAUGAUAUCCAGUUUGUACUUCAACUUGUUCAAAUUUUGAAAUAGAGGUUUUAAAUAUCGUAAUUUAUUAACGAUGUUUAAAAAAAAAGAUCCAUAGACAAUACAGAUCAUCUAUGAUCUCUAUAGAAAUAGUUGGAUAGGUCACUACUUGGAUAUUAAAACUUUUGCUUCGUUCCGAUUUGAAAGCGCCAGUUGUAGUUACUGUCGACUAAUUUUAUCUCUACCAACAUGACCGGUACCAUCUGCUACUGUCAGUACUAACAUGGAGAAAAUCGAAUUGGCACAAAAUACCAUUGUUUAUAGCCUGUCCUGAGGUCAGUGAUCCCUAACUAUAAACAUUUGCAAUAUAACAGUUUUAGUGAACGGGGAAAGUGAAGGCCAAUAGUUUGUAGGUUAUUUAGAUUUGAUGCCGUUCGAAGUAAGCGUUAUGUUAAUUCAGAAGUAAUGUAUCUGGAUACAGGGCCCAGGCACCGCCUGUAAAAGACUAACAUUUUACGAUCUAGAUUAUAAGUAUAUUGUAUAUAAAAUAUAUUUUUGGAUAUACAACUCUUAUGAUAAGAUUAGCCUUAUUUUUUUAGACUGUUGUCCAAAAUGGUAUGUUUUGUUAAAAAUUAUUAUUGAAUGUUGGCACUGCUUAUUUGCAUCUUUAUCGUAAACUGAUUUUGACAGCGAAAGGAUUUUGACUGUUUGUUUUUUUGUAAUUAUUUUGGAAGUUUGUUUGGAAACAUUGAAAUAUGUAACCGAUUUUUUUAAUAUUUUUUUUUACCUAACUAUGCUAAAUGCUUCUGAUAUUUAUAUUAGUAAAUUUAUAACAACUAGUUAUGUUUAACUUUGCAAAUAAACAGUGCUGACGUCAUAUCAAAAUUAUAUUAAAACAUAAGCUUUAUUUAAGUUGUUUCUAUACUAAUGUUUUGUUUAUAUAAUUUGGUAUAUAAGGUCAGGUCCGCACAGUACACACGCGCUAAGUCACUUAACUUUAAUUAAUCACAUAUCAUAUUUAGUUUUGUUAUUAAUUUGUAUUGUACUUGGUUGCUUUGUGUUUAAUUGCAGAUUUCGCUAUAUAGAAAUAAAUGUUUUAGAUA